UCAAUCACUGGACUACCUCUCAACAGAAUCAUCCUUGAAAAUGAAGCGCCAAGCUCCUCAACCUCCCCCAACACCGUUGACAGAGCCCAAAGUAGACCAUGAUUCUUCUGAUCAAUCACCACAGCAACAAAUAUACAGCCAUCCUCAAAAACCAAAAAAGAACAGUUUGUCCGACUACGAAACAAAGAGAGUCUCUUUGUCUCAUGAUAAUCUAUCUUCCGAAAAACCUAUACCAAGUCCUAUGGUUGAAAAAGCAAGAAAGAUCAAUGGUGCUGCAACCAAAAUGCGUUUUACUCUGAAGAAGUUCUUGCGUUUUAACAGCAAAGAUGAAGAGAAACCAGUGGACGAUGCACCUCCAACUCCUUUAUCACCAAAACCUCGUCCAGAAAUCAUACACCCUAUUGACUUGAACAAAUCUGGAGUUGAGGUACUCAGAGGUGAUAAAACAGCCGGAAUCAAUAACAAAGCUUCACCAACA